AUGGCCUCUCGUAUUUCAGCACUUGCCUCUCACAUCGAAGAAGCUGGCCAAGACAUCUUGAGCCAAGUCAUGGUUGGCGAAAACAAGACAUCGACAGGUAACUGGACUAGCGGAUUGUUGGCUGGCCAAGUCGCUAUCAUCACUGGUUCCGGACAAGGUAUCGGUGAAGCUGCUGCCAAACUAUUCGCCAAGGAAGGUGCUUCAGUGGUCGUCACCGACAUUGACGCCAAGAAGAGCGAUGCCGUCUGUAAGGCCAUCAUUGAUGCUGGUGGAAAGGCUCUCUCUGUUCCCGGAGACGUCACCGACCCUGCUUUCCCGGACAGAAUCGUCAAGGCUACCGUUGCCAAGUUUGGCAAGAUCAACCAUUUGGUAAACAAUGCUGGAUAUACUUUUGAUGGUAUGGUUCACAAGACUACUGACAAGCAAUGGGAAAUGAUGAUUGCAGUCCACAACACUGCUCCAUUCCGAUUGGUUCGAGCUGCUGCUGAGCAAUUCCGAAGCAAGUCGGAAGAACCACGUACCAUCGUCAUGGUUUCAUCUACCUCUGGUCUCCACGGAAACCUUGGACAAGCCAACUACGCCACUGCAAAGAUGGGAGUUCUUGGUUUCACUAAGACUAUGGCCAAGGAAUGGGGUCAAUUCGGUGUGAGAUGUAACGCUAUCGCAUUCGGAUGGAUUGAUACCCGUCUGACCCGUGCUAAGGAAAUCGGAGAAGCUAUGGUCGUUGACGGACAAAAGAUCAGCUUGGGAAUCCCAAUGGGUAACGCCCCACCAACUGCUGCUCAAAGAUCUGCUGGAAUUCCUCUUCGCCGACCUGGAUCUGCUGAAGACGCUGCCGGUGGUAUCCUCUUCUUGUGUUCUCCAUUAAGUGCCUACGUUACUGGUCACUGCCUUGAACUCACUGGAGGUGUUGGAAUUUAA